UUCGCAGCCAUAUAUCAAAGCAAAUACAAAACAAAAUCACACUACUUACUUUUCUUCCGCUGCUUAAAUUGUUGUAGUACUUCGACGCACCACUAAUUCACCUCAGAUAGAACUGUCCGCAUAUGGCGGUUAAAUAAAAUUCAUUAAGUUUGCAAAGAAAAUUCACUGAAAAUUUAAUUUCUCUGCUUGAUGUCAUACUAACUACUAUUUUGAGCAUUCGACUGCGCGAUUGAGUGAACACACUACUAUGCAGACGGCAUGGCACUGGCUGACCUUUACGGCACACUUAUUGUCUACGUGCACGGCACAGUCGUUCUCGCCGGUGGCGGAUGCGUUUGCCCGGAGUCGCAUCGCGCCGGAUGUGCUGGACACUCCGCCCAAUAUGAUCCUUGCUGCGGCAUUCGGCAGUCAUCCCGUGCAGCUGGGCAACGAACUGACGCCGACGGAUGUCAUUAACCAACCGGUCCUGGUGUGGAGCUACCUGCUGCCGGCCACGCGCGACCCGCCCCUCUUCACACUGAUCGAACUCGAUUUGGACGCUCCCACCGCCACUAACACCAGCUUCCGGUCAGUGCUGCACUGGCUGGUGUACAACAUCCCUAACAUGGAUCUGGCCCGUGGAACGAUACAGAUGCCGUAUACCGGCAGCAAACCCGAUGCCAACACUGGUCUGCAUCGCUACGCGCUGUUGCUGUUCCGACAGCCGGCGCGACUAACGCUGCCCCCGGUGGGCAAUCCCAAUAAUCCCGCCGCGCGGAUCGGUUUUGAUCUGCGCAGUUUUAUUCAGCGGUACAAUCUGGGUCAGCCGGUGGCCGGCAAUUUCUACGUGGCACAGGCCGAUGCCUACUCGACGCUAUUCUGGAUGCUGGCCGGCACACCGAAAUGAUAAGAAAAAAAUCGUUGUUUUUUGCCAAUAAGAAUCACCGAAUGUUUGAUUGAGCUAGCGUUUUUACGCAAUAAAAAAUAAUGAUAGGAAACACUG